AUGAUACCUUUCUUCUGGACCAAACUUCCUCAGAGGUUGUCGAGUGGGAGUAGUUAUGGUGGUGGUGCGGCGGCUGAGGUGGUGGUUGGUGGUGGCGGUAGAGAACGGGGGUUUGAGAGGAAGACGACGUCGUUGCAGAGGUUGUCGAGUGGGAGUAGUUAUGGUGGUGGUGCGGCGGCUGAGGUGGUGGUUGGUGGUGGCGGUAGAGAACGGGGGUUUGAGAGGAAGACGACGUCGUUGCAGAGGUUGUCGAGUGGGAGUAGCUAUGCUGGGAGUCUGUUUUCGGGGACGACAUUGGAUGGGAAUUUGUCGAGCGGUGGUGUGAAGUAUUCUCAGUUCUCGACAACAAGGGAGGAAGAGGAGGAGGAAGAGAGUAGAGAGAGUUUGGCUAGUAAGUCUCGAGAAAGCUAUUAUUUACAGCUCACAUUAGCUAAACGCCUCUCCGAGCAAGCGUCGCUUGCCAGUGACCCCCUCCUCUUUCAACUGUGUGGGGCGGAUAGUCUCAUUGUAUCUCCUGAUGCAGAAACUGUUUCGUAUAGACUCUGGGUUAAUGGUUGCUUGUCAUAUACUGAUAAGAUCUCAGAUGGAUUCUACAACAUUUUGGGAAUGAAUCCGUAUCUGUGGGUGAUGUGCAAUGACUUGGAGGAAGGUAAACGGAUACCAUCUCUGAUGGCACUUAAAGCUGUUGAACCCAGUGAUGCAUCAAUGGAGGUUGUUAUUGUUGAUAGAUAUGGCGACACUCGUCUUAAGGAGCUAGAAGAUAAAGCACAGGAACUGUAUUUUGCAACAGAAAAUACCUUGGUGUUGGUGGAAAAGCUAGGCAAACUUGUUGCUAUAUAUAUGGGGGGCACUUUUCCAGUGGAGCAAGGUGAUCUGCACGUGCGCUGGAAAUUGGUUAGCCAGAGAUUGAGGGAUUUUCAGAAAUGCAUUGUGCUUCCCAUUGGCAGCCUCUCUACAGGACUGUGUAGGCAUCGCGCUAUUCUUUUCAAGGUGAUGACAUACACUAUACAUCUUUUUCAUUUAGGAGAGGGAAAAUAAAAAUAAAAAAACCUGGAUUUCUCUUUCUCCAUGUUAAAUUAUUUUUGGUAGGACCAAGUUUAGAAUACAAGAUGUAUAACUUUGUAUUCUUAUUCUUUCCAUUAUAUAUCUUUGUUUGAUUCACAGUUCAUUUUGUUUGAUUCGUAUUUUAUGAAACUAACCCUUAUUA